AUGAACUGGGGAUACAAUUCGGAGCCAGAACAAAAAGCAUGUAAAGAUCUCAGAGGAAAAGUCUGUUUUAUGCCACGGGGCAAAGUUCUUGGCGGUAGCAGUGUUUUAAAUUUUUUGAUCUAUCAAAGAGGGCACCCCGAAGAUUAUAACGAUUGGGCUCGAAUGGGCAAUGAAGGUGGUUAUUUAGACAUAGACUAUGCAUCGUUUUCGUCACCAAUCCAGACUGCUUUCAAAGAAGCCGGUGAAGAGCUGGGCUUUGAAUGGAACGAUCCUAAUGGUGAGAAAAUCAUAGGGUUUUCGAAGCCUCAGGCAACCAUAAGAAAUGGCAGACGAUGUAGCACAUCAAAAGCGUUCCUGGAACCCAUACGUUUCAGGAAAAAUUUGAAAAUAUCGAAGUACUCAACCGUGACAAAGCUUUUGAUUGAUAAUAAUACUAUGAAAGCGUAUGGAAUAGAAUUUAUCAAAGGGAAGAGGAGGCGGAGAGUUAUGGCUCGACGUGAAAUCAUACUGGCGGCUGGUACUAUCGGCUCGGCGCAAUUAUUGAUGUUAUCAGGAAUAGGACCAGAAGAUCACCUCACAGAAAUGGGCAUCGCAACAAUAGCAAACGUUCCUGUUGGAUAUAAUCUUCAAGAUCACAUCACCUUCUCAGGGAAUGCGUUUAUAGUUAACGAUACCAACCUCUGCGUUAAUGAUUUAACAGCCGCGUCACCACUAUCUGCUGCAGAAUAUUUAGCCGGUAAGGGGCCUUUAACUAUACCCGGUGGCGCUACAGGUCUAGCGUUCUCUCGCACAUCAUUCGCUUCCGACCUUUCCGAAGGCCGUCCUGAUAUAGAACUGGUGAUGGGUGCUGGGUCACUUGCUGGUGACCACUUGGGCAUCCUACGUGCUCUUUUAGGAAUAACAGACCAAUGGUACUGGAAAGUAUAUGGGACGAUGCCGCCAGAAGUCAGACAGCGUACUUUUUCGAUGAAUCCAGUGUUGAUCCGUCCCCGUAGUAUUGGGCGCUUGACGUUACGAAGCUCAAACUUCUCCGACCAUCCAAGGAUACAUCCAAACUAUUUCAGUCAUACCGACGACAUUCGUGCUUUAAGAGAAGGCGUUCGAUUGGUCGAAAAAGUCAUCGGUACUCAGGCGUUUCGACGUUUCAAUACAAGACUUCACAACGUCCCGUUUCCCGGAUGUGAAGAAUUCAUAUUUGAUUCGGAUGAAUACUGGGAGUGCGCUAUUAUGCAGACUUCGAUUACCCUGGAUCAUCAAGUUGGUACAUGCAAAAUGGCACCAGCGGGGGAUCCUACUGCUGUGGUAUCCCCACGUCUCCUAGUACACGGUGUGCAAGGUUUACGCGUUGCUGAUGCCUCAAUAAUGCCGCGAAUUCCAGCUUCACACACUCUAGCACCAGUGGUAAUGAUAGCGGAGAAAGCUGCCCAGUUAAUCAAGGAAGAUUGGCUAGCCUAUCUUUCACAAUAU